CCAAUCUGUUACAGGUCUCUGUUACGCGAACUCGAGGCAGUGAAAGCCAGGCGGCGAGCCGAGUCGGUGCCGUGAAAAUGAAGUGAUCCGUGAUUUUUUUUAUUAACUUUUUUUUAAAUUGGACACUGGCCGUUUACCCGUAUUUUUACACAGAAGUAUCGAGGCAGACGUCCUGUUCCGUCCAACAUGGCUACAGACACAUUCAGUUCGGACAAAAUGGAUUACAACAAAGGCAUGGAGUUCCACAACGGCAACGACCCAGCGACGCCGAACCUGAACGCCAGCCAGAACCUGGAGAACCCCGGCGUGGAGUCCAUCGCCGACUGGUACGAUGGCUCCGUCAUCCUCGUCACCGGAGGCACAGGAUUCGUAGGGAAGGCCCUACUGGAGAAGCUGCUGCGCAGUUGCCCGGGGAUCGACACCAUCUACGUGCUGAUGAGGCCCAAGCGAGGGUUGACGGUGGAGCAGAGGUACAAGGAACUGCUGAAGAAUCAGGUGUUUGACCGCAUCAGGACGCGCUGGCCCGACCGCCUGAGCAAGCUGACGCCCGUCACUGGAGACGUGGCGGCUCCCAACCUUGGCGUCAGCGCGGAGCAAAGGGAACUGCUUCGAAAUGUAACAACGGUAUUCCACUCGGCCGCGACCGUGCGCUUCACGGACCCGCUGCACACGGCCGCCGCGCUCAACGUGCAGGGCACCGCUUCGCUGCUCACGCUAGCCGGCGACAUGCCCGGGCUUAAGGCGCUGGUGCACGUGUCCACAGCGUACAGCAACGCGCCGCGGCCGCACGUCGACGAGGUGGUCUACCCGCCGCCCUACGACCCCGACAGCAUCGUGCGCUGCACCAAACUGCUGCCGGCCGAGACGGUGGAAAUGAUCAGCGCGUCUAUUCAGGGCGAGCACCCCAACCCCUACACCCUCACGAAGUCCCUGGCGGAGUCGAUCGUGUACAGCCACACCGACCUGCCCGUCUGCAUCGUGAGACCUUCCAUAGUAACGGCUGCUUUUCAAGAACCUUUUCCAGGAUGGAUCGACAAUGUGUUUGGAGUUACUGGACUUGUCAUGGAGAUCUCGCGCGGCACGUACCGCUCCGGCUACUGCAAGGAGCGGUGCGUGGUGGAUCUGGUGCCCGUGGACAUGGUCGUCAACUGCUGCAUCCUGGCCGCCUGGAGACAGGGGGCUAAGAAGCCCGGCCGCUGUCCGGUGUACAACGCGACCUCGGGCUCCAUCAACCCGCUGCAGUGGGGCCAGUUCACCAGGUUCUGCCUCAAGUGGGCCCGGGAGAACCCCACCAAGUACGUCAUGUGGUACCCCAACUUCUCAUUCACGGAGUCCAGGCUCAUGAACACAUUCUGGGAGGUGUCCCUGCACUUCCUACCCGCCUUUUUGUAUGAUGUAAUCCUGCGCGCGCAGGGGAGAAAGGCCAUCAUGAUGAAAAUCGCACGCCGCUUCAAGAUGGCUGCCGCGACCGGCGAAUACUUCGCGAACCGUGAGUGGCAGUUCGGCAUCUCCGAGUACACCGCGCUGCACAACGACACGCUCGCGGCGAUAGAUGGCGCUAGUUUCUUCCACUGGCCCGAGUUCAACUGGGAGACGUACAUCGGAGCGUACAUGCUGGGCAUCAGACGGUUUAUUCUGAAGGAUACUCCUGAUUCGCUGGUGCAGGCUAGGGCUAAGUUGAGGAAAUUAUAUUGGCUGAACAAGUUUAUGCAAGCUGCCACCGGGAUAUACCUUGUCAAGUUCUGGCUGCGAAGGAUGCGGUAGGACCAUGCGCCCCUAAACCAUAAGUGAUAAAUGAUUAAACCUGUCGUUGGGGUGUGCUAUAGCAAUUAUUAAGUUACUGCUAUGGAGUUAUUUCUUACCAACUUAUUCAUAAAAGCGAGCAACGGCGUAGAAUAAAGAUAUACUAUCUCUGUUAAUUGGUAGAGAAUAUGAUUCGAGCGCAUAACGGUAAAAACGCGAAUUGGUAAAUGAAUAUGAGAUGGCGAGAGUCCACCAUUGUCUUAGAUCAUUACUAAAUGAUCAACAUGCCCACUGCAUGUCUUUAUAUAAUAAAGUUUUAAAUUUUUGAGACAAAGCGUAUUUUAAAAAUCAAUUAUUGCAAUUUUUAUGAAUAAGAUGAUAACAGUGCUAUUCCGUGGUGCUAUAGAUGCAUUUUAUGUAUAAAAUGCAUCUUUUGUUGCCAUAAAUAUCAUCUCCAGUGAUUAAAUACUAAAAUGUAAGGGCACUUUCUAUAUUGAAAUUCCAUUCCAUUAAUAUUUUUCCAACAUGGUAACACUUGAGAUAUUUUUUGCAAAUAAAUUUGGUGUUGCAAGUAGAAAAAGAUCAUGACAUUAGUUUAUAUUUAGUUAAUAUUGUUCACCGCCUGAUUUAAAAAUCUUAGUCGAUUUUAUAAAUUGCUAACUGGUGUACUAUUUCAUAGGAUAUUCACUAUUAAGCCAUGAUAGAUAAGGGAAGGGAAUUUUUCAAGAGAAAGUCCCAAAGUCUAGUUCAUAUUUAGUUCAUAUGAAACUUGCAUGUUGUGUUUAAACAAAAGUCCAUCUGUCACUGUGACAGUUGCUGUCAAUAACUUUGGUUCUUUCAUGGAAUUAGUAGGUGCUACGUAGUACUUACUAAAUCCAUGGGUUAUUUGGUUUUGUUUUCAGACGAAAAUGAAUUGAAAUAUGCAACAAAUAUUAUGAUAUGCCCAUAUUAUCUUCAGUAUACAAGUCUUUAGCAACGCAAGGAAAGAUAUUUUAUGUUAGGUUAAUAUAAGAUAAAUGUAAAUAGAUAUCAUGUAUAACGCACCAUAUCGAAAGUAUAAAAAAUAACUAUCAACUUGUAUUAAAAAGAGAUUAUUAUCGCUAUUGCAUGAUAAACUUUUAUAUUUUUUGUAUGCGAACGUUUCCCUGUACGUCCAUAAUUUAUUGUAUAAUAUUAUAUAUAUUUUUCGGAUUUACAUCAAUUAUCUAUAUCAUAAAUUAUUCUAGAUAUAAAAAAACCUACGGUAAUACUAUUACUUUUGUUUGUAUUUUAUAUUAUUUCACAUUGUUAUAAUUAUUUGGUUUGGGAAACGUAGAUCUUUUUUGAAUUUUUCAAAAAGUCAGAAUUAUCGUUCUUAGCAAAAGCGUAUAGUUUGUGUUUUAUGAUAUUUUUGUUAUAUGUUACAUAUAAUUAUCAAUAUCAUCACAAGGUAUGUUAUCAAUAUCACCGUUUUGAUAAUAAAUGUAUAUACACAA